AUGAAUUCGCUAGAGGCUCUCUUCACUCGCUGUCUGCAGGGCAUCUAUUGGUGGAUGGGUCUGGUGCCGUUGCCACCAGUGUCUCCACUUUGGAGGAUGCUGCUAGCCAUGCUUAUUCGCCUCAUUUGGGUGUCCUAUUUCUUGUGGAUGUUGUGGACCGGCAUCUCUUAUGUGUUGGUGGAUAGGAGCAUGAGCGUCAGCUAUCUCACCGGAUCAGUUCUAUUCAUUGGCUACUCGAUGCUGGGUCUGCUCAUCCAGGCCCAGACCAUACUAAAGCAGCGAUCGUAUGCGCGCCUGGAGGAUUAUCGCAUUCAGCUGGAGCUGCAGAUGAACAGGCUGAGCAGCUCGCACUACGGCCACCGGUCCGGACGCUUGCUGUUCCUACUAGGCGCACAUUUGGCCAGUGAUAUUGUGAAGUCCUGGGCCAAUUCCAAAUACAGCAUAUCUCCGGUGCACAUCGUCUCCCUGAUGCAGAAGUGGCAGGUGCGCUUCCACAUCAUCCAGCUGAUCCGGCAGAUCAUGGAGCUGAAUCAGCGCGCCGUGCAGCUGCGACACUCGCUGCUGCGCCUGGCCGCCGGCAACGACCUCUGGCUGCCCUACAGCCUCUCCGACUUUAAGCACCUGCAGACGCUGCGGCUCAGCUACGGGCGCAUUUACGAGUGCCACGAGCUCUUCAACGACUGCUACGGCUGGGGCCUGCUCUGCCUGCAGCUCUUGUGCAGCUUUGAGUUCGUGGCCAAUGCCUACUGGUUCAUCACAGAGGCCUACGACUCCCAGCGGCUCUACAUAUUCAUCUUCAAUGGCAACACCUGCUUCACCAUCGGCUCCCUCGUCACAGCGCUGUUCUGGUACGGCGACGCAAGUGCCAAUAAUACCAUCCACUCCUUAGUCCAGCUGCAGCCCUCGACUGCCUCGGUUAUGAUGGGACGAGCCGCUUUUCACCUGGUGCUGUGCUGCAUGGGCGUGCGAUGCAAUUCGCGGCUGCAUCGCUUGCAGCUCUUGCCUUUCGGCUUGUGGCUCUGCUGGCUUAUUGCGGUCUGGACUGGAGUACCGCGCUACAUCUUGGCGAUUCCGUACUGCAGUCUCGACUGUCUGAUAAUAAUGACCAUGUUCGUAAUGCUGAGCUCAGCGCAUGGCUUCGUCCUGCUGGACACCCUUCUCAAGCGUCGCACGCAUCGGCAGCUGGAGCUGCAGUUGGCCGUGAAUCAGUUCACGGACCGAAAAGUACAAACUGAGCUGAUCUGUGUCUUUUGUGUCUUUCUCUUGGCUGCACUGCAAAGCCUAAUCGUUUGGUUCCGGCUCAACACCAAGUGGGAGUGGUACACGCCCAUCUUCUGGCUAAGCGCGCCGAGUGCCUGGGUGGUGCAGCUGAAGAUGAUUGCGUUCCUCUCUGAGGUUCUGGCGGCCAAUGAGCGGGUGCUGGGCAUGCGACGCAGCCUGAAGCAGCUGGCGGCACAAAGCACUCGCUCCAGGCAGCUCCCCGACGUGGAGCAGCUGGUGCGCCUCAAAGAUCAAUACAGACAGCUGCAUCUGCUCUUUGUGCAGCUCAACGCAGCCUACGGCCUGAGCAUGCUCAUCGUGUUCAUAGUCCUGUGCUUUGACUUUGUGUUCAGCGCCUAUUGGCUGGCCAAGACCACACUGAUCCGGUCGCAGAGCGGAGUCCAUCUGUUCCCUUCCCUGGGCUUCAUGAUCAACGUGGGCCUCCUGCUCACGGUCACCUGUUGGCACUGCCAGCAAAGCUUUAAUCACAGUCGUCAAAUUGGCUGUUUGAUUCCCAAGCUGGUGAAGCCUUUGGGCAGCAAGCGCUACAAUGAUUUGGUCAGCGAAUUCCUGCUGCAGACGCUGCAUCAACGCUUUGUGGUGACGGCCAAGGACUUCUUCAGUCUCAAUCUGCAUCUAUUGAGUAGCAUGUUUGGCGCUGUGGUUACCUAUCUGGUCAUACUCAUUCAGUUUAUGUUCGCCGAGAAGAGUGCCCAAGCUGCGGCUAGGCCGAAGUGA